AAAUUAAUAUAAAUCAUGUUAUUAAUGCUACUUGAUAUUUAGUGCGAGAUCAUAAAUAUGGCUGCGCCCUAGAGAUUGCACCAUGACUUCACAGAGACUAGAAAUUGAUAUCGGAAUUUGUUUUCCUUCAUGGAAAAACAGAGGUGAAAACUAAUCUUCAGCAAGUAUAUUUUUCACAAUGCCAAGAAGGAAGCCUUUUAGUGGGAAGCUUAAAAAGAAACAGCUUCAGGAGAAGAGAUUGCGAUUAAAAGCUAGGAAAGAAAGUGGUUCUGCAAGUUCUGAUCAGUCUGCUGAAGAUGGACCAUCUAUUGAUAAAUCGGAAGUGGAAAAGGUGAAGGUGGAAAAGCUGAAUGAACAACCACAGGCAGUAGACAAGAAAAGCGACCAUAACAGGUACAAGCUUCAUUUUCUGAAAGAAUCCAGUGAUGAAAUUCAGAGAAGAAAACGGGAAGCCAUGUCAACUUAUGUUAAUUUGCUGCCUGAGGAAUCUUUAGAAAUUGCUUUUGAUGAGGUGUUCCAGCCUGGUACAGUGCUUGACAUCCCCAAGAGACCUCCAUGGAACUACACCCUCAGUAAGGAAGAGCUGGAGCAUAAUGAAGAAGAAUAUUUUCAGCAAUAUUUAGAGAACAUCUUUGAACAACAUGAAGUGGAAAAGUUGAGUUAUUUUGAGUUGAACCUGGAGACAUGGAGGCAACUGUGGAGGGUGUUGGAGAUGUCUGAGAUCUUACUGUUGAUUGUUGAUAUUCGCUUUCCAGUUCUUCACUUUUCCCCAGCACUUUAUGAGCAUGUCACCAGGCAACUGGGAAAACAUGUUAUUGUGGUGCUGAAUAAGAUAGAUCUGGCGCCUCCCUCGCUAGUUGUGGCUUGGAAAGAGUACCUCCAGAAGAAGUUUCCUGAACUUAACAUUGUGCUGUUCACCUCUAAGCCUAAAGAUGCCAUGGAAAGAAGCAGUCUGUCUGGAAAAGUAUUACAGAGAAAGCGACAAAAGAGGGUAGAUACUGCAGUAGGACCUCAACAGUUACUGGAUGUGUGUGAAAGCAUUGUCAAAGAUAAAGUGGACCUGUCAAGUUGGAGAAGAAAGGUGGACAGUGGUCAUUUUGAUAGGCAUGAGGUGGACAGUGAUAGUGACCAGGAGGACACUGUGGCCUCAGCUAGCCAGGAAAGUUUAGACUUGUCCUACCAGGAACACGAGAGAUACAAAGAUGGUGUGCUGACUAUAGGAUGUUUAGGUUUCCCAAAUGUUGGAAAAUCCUCACUGAUGAAUGCAUUGGUUGGCAGGAAGGUUGUGAGUGUAUCAAGAACUCCUGGUCAUACAAAACAUUUUCAAACAAUUUAUCUCACGGAUACAGUACGACUAUGCGACUGUCCUGGACUCGUAUUUCCCUCAUUGGUGCCAAAACCUCUUCAGAUUUUAUCGGGAAUAUACCCAAUUGCUCAAGUCCGUGAACCCUACUCUGUUGUGGGAUAUAUGGCUGAGAGAAUACCUUUAACACACAUAUUAAAAAUACAGCAUUCAGAUGAUGAGGGGAAUACUCAGCGUUGGACAGCGUGGGAAAUUUGUGAUGCCUGGGCUGCCAAAAGAGGAUUCCUUACAGCCAAAGCUGCUCGGAAUGAUGUGUAUAGAGCCGCCAAUAAUCUCCUGAGACUUGCCUUGGAGGGAAGACUUAGUUUGUGUUUACGUCCACCAGGCUACACAGCACAUAGAGAUCACUUGGGAAAAUCAUCCUGACACUGAGGAGAUAGCAAGACUGCAAGAUGCUUGUAAACGUUCUAGUAUGUCAGGUGAUGGGGAUGAUGAAGACAGUGACAGCAUGAGUGACAAUGACAAUGUUCAGAAAGCAUCACAGAAUCCAUUCUUGCUGCUUGGAAGUGUUGAUCAUGGACUGCUAGAUUAAGCAAGCUAUUCCCAGAGAAACUUUCUGAAUGUCACUUAAUAGUAUUUUUUAAAUUUUAUAGAGAAGUCGGUCCUUACAGCACAGAUAUUUUAUUUUGACAAGGAAAACAGUCUUGUUUGAUCCUUCUGAAGCCUAAGUCAUAACUAAAUCAAAGUGAUGAUAUAAACAUUGGAUAUUCUUAUAUAUUAUGUUGUUCCAAUCACUUACAAUCACUUGUUAUAAAACACAAUACCAAAUAAAGCUCAGGUGCAGCAGAUAUAAAAAGCUGAUUAAUAAAACUGUUAUAUUAUAUUUUGUUUAUUUCCCUCGUACUUGUUUCAGUCUGAAAGAAUCAAAUCUGUGAAAUACCUAGACCAUUGCUUGAAUCGCCUGAUUUGGUAACUAGACUCCAUGCAUAUAACAUAAUAAAAUUUUUGUCUGAGGGCAUAUUAUAGAGAUUAUUUAUAACGCAAAUGUUUUGUUGAUCCAAAGAGUUCCGUUAGCAACAUUUAAAGCUUAUAAAGAUUUGAAAAUCUUUUUAAAAAAAGCUUCGAAACUGCUGCGCGUCAAAUACAUGUAGUAUUUAUUUCUGGAAUGGCCAAUAACUUGCAAGCAGGUAAACGGCGGCUGUGACGAAGAAAAGGGCUUGGUUCUUGUCAUUCAUGAAAGCCCCAGCCCCACUUCCCACAGUUGGUUGAGCCGUGGUUGGGGUGCUAGUUGGUUGAGCCGUGGUUGAGGUGCUUGCUGGGGUCUUCUUCAAUCUCCCGAAGAACAAUAUGGUCCCAGAACUGUUUUCACGAAUGAAAAACAUGAACGGGCGGUCGGCUCUGAAGACGGGAAUUGGGUCGGUGUUCACGCUAGUAAGACCUAUUCCUAUCCCGGUGGCGGCCGCAGCCUC